CGUGCGCGGCUUGAUGAACUAGUUCUGCGUAUAUCUAUAAACGAAAGAAUACACACGUGAACGUCAAAACCACGUGGGUUGGUGGGUGGGUGGGUGAAAUUGUUCGAUGAAUCUUACGACACCAAUACGAAAUGGACAUUAAGUUUUUCUAUAUCUCAGAAUAAAACUCGAGAAGAGAAUUAAGGAUAAGUGUUGAGUUUCCCCCUUUUUUUUUUUCUUUCAUCAUCUUAUUGGAGGAGUAACCUGACUGACCAUUCCAAAAUAGUGGACAUCAGAACAACCGUCAACCUGGAGUCCACGUGCCAGAAACGGACUAAAUCUAUUGCGAAAAGCCAAGAGGAGUGUGUUACACGAUAAUGACGCAACGGAAAGGACAAUAAAACGUUUUAGUAAUAGUCUAAACUGAUGGUGUCUAUGCCGCAAGCUAAUCCAAAACGAUACGUUCCUAGACGGAAAUGUGAGGCCGACGGGAAGGAGGCGAAGGCCGAGCUAACGGCGCAACGCAGUAUGUUCCCUAGCGCACAAAUUAAGAUGAGAUUGCUGUCGCCAAGCAGUUCGCCGGCCACGUCGCCUACAAUGUCGAAUUCCUCGUCACCGACACCACCGACGCCAGUUACCCCGGUUUACAAUCAAAAGAUGACGGGUAUACCGUGUGUAGCAGCAGCUUCGAGGUAUACGGCACCGGUCCACAUUGACGUUGGUGGUACGAUAUAUACAUCCUCCCUCGAAACUCUAACCAAGUAUCCAGAAUCGAGGCUGGCCAAAUUAUUCAAUGGUAGUAUACCUAUUGUUCUGGACUCCUUAAAGCAACAUUAUUUUAUCGACAGGGAUGGUAGUAUGUUUCGACACAUACUGAAUUUUAUGCGAAAUUCACGAUUAUUGAUACCUGACAACUUUGCCGAUUUGGAUUUAUUGCUAGAAGAGGCGCGAUACUUCGAUAUUGCACCAAUGUGCAAACAAUUGGAACAGAUAAAAAAGGAACGAAUAAAGAAUGGCAUUACGAAUUUAUCAUCGACGACAGGCUCGGCUUGUUCAACGGCAACCUCAACAGCCUCGGCAGCGUCAACUAUGACAACAACGACAUCCUCGUCGCCUAAACAAGGCUCGGGAAGACAAAUUGGCAUGCGCGGUAAAGGAACGUCGAGUUGUUCCCUCGAGUGUACGGGUUGUUCGAGUUGCGUGUCGCCGUGCGAUCACGAGGCCGAAAAAUUUCGCGGUACCGAGGGUAACCGCAGUUACGAAUGCGUUGCCCUACAUGUCAAUCCUGAUCUCGGUGAAAGAAUAAUGCUCUCGGGUGGUCACACACUUCUCGAUGAAGUAUUUCCCGAGGCUAUGCAAGCUGUGAUUAACGCACGUUCUGGCAUUGCCUGGCAUCAACAGGACACCCGUCAUGUCAUCAGGUUUCCACUGAAUGGCUUUUGCAAACUCAACUCCGUUCAAGCUAUUACCCGACUACUCAACGCAGGAUUUCGUAUUGUUGCCAGCAGUGGUGGUGGUGGUGAAGGUCAACAAUUUUCGGAGUACCUAUUCGUCAGACAAGCUGUUAAUACCUGACGGAAAACGAUCCACUAUUAUCUCAUCUCAUCGUUUUAUCAAUUUUCGCGAUUUAUGUCGUCCCUAAUAUCGAAUACUCGAGUCAACCGAACCAUCGAGAUUCAAACAAUUUUUUUUCAUUACCAAUUAUCUACAAAGCUAAAUCUAUUUUUGCUUAGCAAUUGGAACGAUCGAUUAGAUGACGUUAAAAACCGUUCGAUGAUUUAUUAAAUAUCGGUAACCCUGUCUCUUUCCUGAUUUUGACUUCAAAACAAAUGACCAAAUUCAACAACCUGAACGAGGAAAAAAGAUAUUUUGCGUCAGAGUCUUUACGUGAAAUGAACGUAAUUAAUGUUAGCUUUAAAGGAAUAAUACAUAUAAAAGAAGAAGAAGAAGAAAAAAAAAAUAAAGAAAGAAAAGAGAAAAAGAAUAUGAAGGAGUGGAAGAACACCAUGUCAGCAUUCGUCCAAGGAUAAAUAUUUUAUUCGAUAUUGCUCUUUUUAAAAAAAAGAUUCUGUACUUAAAGAUAAGUAGCGUAUCUUUAUAAAUGCAGACCCGUCUUUCAAAUUUGUUAUUAUAUAAUAAGAUGUACUUAUAUGUAUUUAUAUGCCAUAUUAAUUAUUGUAAAUAUCGCGAAUAAACUACCGUUCGUCUCUAUAUACACAAACACACACAUACGAAUUGUUACGUA